CCGUAUUUUCCGGCGUAGAAUAUAAUAUUAAUAAUACCCGUAUCUCAUAGCAGUUAAGGGGACAAGGUCGGAUGCAGCAGUACCAUACCGGUACUUCCGAGCUGACACUUCUGCACAUGUCUAGGGCAGCAGUAGACGAUCACUGAUCACCAUUCCUCGCAGAACUGCAUGAGACGUCGGAUGCAGCCGUUCAGUGCUCGAUUGAUCGUGACUGAAACUGUGACAUGCGCAGAAUCACUGUGUAUCCCUUCUCUGCAUAUCACAGUUUCAGUCAAGCUCAAUCGAGCACUGCUGCAUCCGAUGUCUCAU